AUUCCAAAAUCCCAAUUUCUUAUUUACCGCUUCCAUCUUCCAUCAUCUUCCGCUCUUCCCUUCCCAAGUUCGCAGUUCGCAAGUCGCAACCUCGCCUGCAGCUGGCACUUCCUCACAGCCUCAUUCCCAGUCCCAAUUCCCUUCAGCUUCAUCUUCCCUUCCUAGUUCCCUUCCCACUUCGCAGUUCGCACACAGUCGGCGACGGCAAGUUCAAACCUCCUGUUCCAGAUCGGCAGAUCCAGUCUUCCCCUUCGGACUUCGGCCUCCACCUCCCCAACUUUGCAGCUCGCACUCUCGCAGACUCGCAGCACUCCUUCAGACCUUCCGUCCUUCAGGGAUUUAGACCCAAAUUGCUCAAAUGCUUGGGUAGAUUUUUCUAGUUUCAAAGUAAGAGAUUUCAUGUUAAUCAGUUGGCAACCCAGAUGAGUAUUGUCAAAAUGACAAUGGGUGUUUUGAACAGAAACAUAUACCUUUUGUAGAGAAGUGGAAUGGUAAUGGAAACUAGUAGUGGCAGUGAAAAUCUGACCCAUCCCAAAUGGAGAAAGGUGGCAUAUGGAGGAAUGCAAUUUGGAUUUGAUGACAACUACACAGAUGAAUCUUUUCUUGAAGAUAUGGUAAUGAAUGCCAAUGUUGUUAAGCGGGACAUGCUCAAGGUGAUGCUAGACUCAGUCUCUAUCUCUCAGUACAUAUGUAUCGUUGCUCUUGUUGUCUUGGUAUGGACUUACACUCUUGGAACAACCAUUAAUGAAAGUCUCCUCUUGUUUCUUGAUGUGAGUCUUUUUGUCUCAGGUUUCUUAGUUCUCCUCCUGACCGAAGAAAUGUGUUCCCUAAAUCUUCUUUUUCGCUAUUUUCUUAAAUUUUCCUUUUUCACGACUGGGUUAUAUGUUCUGGCUCCAAUCUAUCAAACUCUCACACGAUCUAUUAGCUCUGACUCCAUUUGGGCAGUAACUGUUUCACUUCUCAUACUCCAUCUCUUCUGGCAUGACUAUUCGGGAUCUCCUGUAGGAGCAACAGGGUCACUACAUAAUCCAAACUUAACCAGCUUUGUUUCCUUGAAUGCUUCUAUUGUGGCUUCAGUUUUCAUUGCUUCCUGUCUCCCAUCAAGACUACAUGUUUUUGCUAUCAUGCUGUUCUCAUUGCAGGUCUUCCUCUUCGCUCCACUGGUGACUUGUUGUAUUAAGAAAUACUCUUUUAGGUUGCACCUAUGGUUCUCAUAUAUGUUGAUGAUUGUGACUUUGGCUUUCGUAUAUAUGUGGCAUCAAUUACUUUUUGUACUGUUGUUGGCUCUGUUGGUUUUUGUCAUUGUUGUGUGUCCUUACUGGCUUAUAAGAAUUCAAGAGUACAAGUUUGAGAUCAAUGGUCCCUGGGACGAGGCUAAGCUCUGUUUUGAUGUCACAGAGUGAGAUAACAGUUGCAUCUUUGUAAGUUCUGCGAACUUUAAAAAUUAACAGUGUUAUUUGGAUUAUUUAUUUAUUUAUUUUGCAAGUUUUAUCAUCUAAUCCAGUCAAAUGCUAUCUAUAUUUACAUUCUAGGCUGAUUGCUGCCUAUAGUAUGAUUAGUGAUUGGCUCUUCAUUUCUUCUUUUAGUUAUGAUUUUAUUCAUCAGGAAAAUAUUUGAGGUAGAGUUCAGUUUUAGAUGAUUGAAGUAAAGACCUGAUAUCAUUGCCAUUUGCACAUAUAAUUUCAUAUUGUUUAAAGAUGGUUGGCCUGCAAACUUGCCCAACCCAAAAGAUUCUUUUAUGUGCUCAAGCUUUGGCCUUAACUAAUGGCAGGUUAAUAAAUUGAUUUUUGAUAAAAAAAAUUCAAAAUUAUAAUUGAUAGUAAUACUUGUAAUUGCUUGUUCUAUGUUAAUUUUGUGUUAAUGUCAUUGUUGGUUCUUCUUAUUGUUUUGGUUGCAUUGAGAGCUUUAAAACUUGAGCCUUCACACAAUCUUAUGCCAAUCAAAUAAACAGGAUCAAUGGUCAUAAUAUGUUUUUAGUCUCAAAGUAGAAAAAAUAGAAUGAAAUAGGGUAUAAGAGAAAUUUUGAAGCGACUAUUGGUUGUUAGAACAAUAUUUAGUGAAUGAAUGUCUUUAUAUUGAUAGAGGGAAGUAGUUUAUAUUUCUCUUGGAAGGAAAUUAAGUGCAUUAAAUUGAGGCUUAUAUUAGGAAACUAAGAGUUAGUGAUUGCAGUUGUUGUUUAUUUAAAAUAAUGUUUGUAUAAGAUAGAUAAUUGGUUAAAAGCAUCUGGAGUUAUUGUGGUUUUUUGCUUGUAAGAUUGAUUAAUAUUGAGAAGAGAAUUUGCUUUUAAAAAAAAUUAUUAAUAAUUUAGUUGCUUUGUUUUAUCAUGCUCCAUCUUUAUGUCAUUGUUUCUUUUGGUAACAAAUAUGUUUAGCUAAAUAUUCUUAUUUUUGGUGCAAAUCAUCAGUCCUAAGAAUAGGACGUCUGUCUUACAGCCAUAUUUUUAUUUGAUUCCCAUCAUAGUAGUUAAAAGGGUGCCCCCAGAACCAGCCCCAGCCCCAGCCCUUCGUCUUUGACCCUUCAAAACAGCCCGAAACCAGCAGGAGGAGUUCGUCUUCAACCAAUCGAUCCUUCAGUUCUGCUGCCUCCUGCCGGCUGCUUCUUAUAAUAUUAACUUGCACUAAGCCUCUAAGUUAUAUUAUAUAAUGUAUAAUUAAUUAUGUAGUUUAAUGCAAGUUUAUACUUUUAUAAUUAAUAUGUAACAUUUUUUACUAAAUUUUAAUGCAAGUUCAUACUUUAUAAU